AGGAGUAAAAACGAAUAUGAUUAUUGAUUCGGGAGCAACUUGCAAUAUUAUCGACAAAAAGUGCUGGAAGCGACUGAGAGACAGUAAAAUUCGGUGCAGAUUGUAUCAUUCGGAAAAAAGGCUGUAUCCGUAUGGAAGCCGUCAACCGCUGAAGAUAGUGGGAGCAUUUAGGACGGAGGUACAACAAGCCGAUAAGAGAUUAGCAGUGGAAGCGGAGAUAAUCGUCUUGGAUGGAAAAGGUGGAGCAGUGCUAGGGAAGAAAACUGCGAUGGAUUUAGGAGUACUCAGCAUAGGACCAGGGGCCGUCAGAACUGUUGAACAACAGGAUGUUAUUGGAGAAUUCGGUAACAUGUUUAAAGGAAUUGAAUUACUGGAUGCAGACAUCAUUGAAAGGGUGGAAAGCCCUACGCCAUGGGUUUCACCAGUUCGCAUAGUACCAAAGGGGGAAAGCGGAUGAUGGAGGCUGUGCAUAGA